AUGUACAGUACGUCAUCAUGGAAGGAGCACUUCCAGCAGCUGUUGAACGGUGAGGCACGAGAGGGAAUCGUCGAGGACAGGAUACACGUUGAGGAAGAUGGAAAAGCUGUGGACCCGCCUACGUUGGAGGAAGAAGCUAAGGCUGUUAAAGAGCUCAAGAACGGGAAAUCCGCGGGAAAGGACGGACUUCCGGCCGAACUUUUCAAGCACGGGGGUACGCGGAUGACCGAGAUUCUGCACCAAAUCAUCCUACGCAUUUGGUGCGAAGAACAGCUUCCGACCGACUGGUUAGACGGGCUCGUCACCCCAAUCUACAAGAAAGGGCAAAGACUCGAUUGUGCCAACUAUCGAGGCAUCACAAUCCUCAACGCAGCGUACAAAGUACUCUCCCGCAUCCUGUGGAGCAAGCUGAGACCGAUGACCGAGACCUUUGUCGGCGAAUACCAGUGCGGUUUUCGAGCGGGUCGGUCAACGACGGAUCAGAUGUUCACUCUGCGACAAAUCCUCGACAAGUUCCGGGAGUACAACCUGCAAACACACCAUUUGUUCAUCGACUUCAAAGCGGCGUACGAUUCGGUCAAAAGAAACGAACUUUGGAAGAUUAUGGUAGAACACGGCUUUCCGGCGAAGCUUAUAAGACUGAUUCGUGCAACGCUCGACGGAGCAAAAUCAAGCGUGCGAAUAGCCAACGAGACAUCUGAAGCUUUCGUUACGUUGGAUGGAUUGAAGCAGGGCGAUGCUCUCUCGAACUUACUGUUCAUCAUAGCGUUGGAGGGUGCUGCGCGAAGGGCAGGCGUGCAAAGAAACGGAACACUCAUCACUAAAUCGCACAUGCUGCUUGGAUACACUGACGACAUCGACAUCAUUGGUAUCGACCGUCGUUCAGUGGAGGAGGCGUUUUCCCCUUUCAAGCGGGAAGCUGCGAAGAUCGGACUGACCAUUAACACUGCCAAGACCAAGUAUCUGGUUGCUGGCAGAGCGCGUGGCAGUGCAGGUGAUGGUGUUUCGGAGGUGGAAAUAGAUGGAGAAAGAUAUGAGGUGGUGGAUGAAUUUGUAUAUCUUGGUACACUCGUGACGUGCGACAACGAUGUGAGCUGCGAAGUGAAACGGCGGAUUAGUGCUGCAAACAGGGCCUUCUACGGUCUUCGUAGCCAGCUAAGGUCCCGCAGCCUAAGGACGCCUACGAAAAUCACGCUGUACAGGACUUUGAUACUCCCUGUAGCUCUUUACGGUCACGAGUCGUGGACGCUAAAGGAGGCUGACCAGAGAGCACUUGGGGUCUUCGAGCGGAGAAUCCUGCGUUCUAUCUUCGGCGGCAAGCAAGUAGGAGACCGGUGGCGCAGGCGCAUGAACUUCGAGCUGUACCAAGACUACAAACAUGCUGAUAUCGUAAAAGUCAUCAAGCACGACAGGCUGAAGUGGGCUGGACAUGUAGCCAGAAUGUCGGACGAGCGGGCGGCUAAAACGAUAUUCAGUAGCGAACCUGGACGGGGUCGUCGGCUUCGUGGAAGGCCUCGUACGCGUUGGCUGUGUGCAGUCGACGAAGAUGCAAGAGCGGCCAACAUUGUGGGCGACUGGAGCGGCCCAAGAUCGAGCAUUCUGGAAAUCUUCGAUUAG